UAUGUUAUCAAAAAGUUAAAAUCCGAAUGCAGUAGAAUUACAUUGAAAGGAAAGGAUUUCAUAUUUUCAUGAAUAAUCAAACAUUUCCAGAAAAAUUGAUUUCAAGGUAUUUUCUUUCCCAGGUAAAUCAAUGUUUGUCUUAAUUUCAUUCAAAUUCACAUUAAUUUUUUCAAUUUUUACAAGUUUUUCCCCAGAUUUAGGGGUUUAGUAGCCUUGAAUUAAAACAAAAUCUAAUGUAAUGGCAAUACAAUUAGUCAAAUUCAUGUUAAAAUUCUCAAAUUCUGUUUCAUUUAGUUCAAAUUCAACAGUAAGAACAAUUUCAUCUGUACAAUAUGUAGCAUCUAGGGCAAGAGACCCAACAUUUGAGAAGUAUAUGGAUCAUUACAAGAAGCUUGUUAAAGUAAUUGCUAUUCAAGACUUAAUCUUGGCAAACCCUAACAAAAACCCACCUUCAGUUUCGGUUGAUUUCUUGUCUAGGUUGUCUCAAAGACUACACCUUAACAGGGGUGCACCGUCGUUUCUUCGUCGGUACCCUCAUGUUUUUGAGAUUUUCUAUGACCAUACUAAGUCUAUGCCUUAUUGUAAAUUGACUGAUAAAGUGGUUGAGAUUGCUAAAUUGGAGGCGGGUGCGAUUAAUGAGUCUUUGUCAUUGGUUGUGGAACGAUUGGUUCGAGUGUUGUUGAUGUCGGUGUCUAGGUCAGUGCCGUUGAGGGCGGUUUUUAAAGUGUGGAGGGAGUUGGGUCUUCCUGAUGAUUUUGAGGAGUCUGUGAUUGCAAGGAAUCCUCAGUUGUUCUUGCUUUGUGAUGGGAAUGAGCCUAAUACCCAUGUUUUGAAGCUUGUUGGUAGUUACUCUAGUGAUCAUUUUACUGCUGCUGUGGAGGAUUGGCGAGUUUUGGAGUGUUGUAAGGAGGAUUCAAAGGUUGAUAGGACGGAGAUGCAAUAUAGUUUUAAGCAAGGGUUUCCACCUGGAAUGAAGUUGAAGAAGACUUUUAGGACAAAGGUUAGGGAAUGGCAGAAGUUGCCAUAUGCUGGGCCGUAUGAGGUUGUAGGAGAGAAGAAGAGAGCAAAGAUUGGUUUAAAGGGGUUGGAGAAACGAGCUGUUGCUAUUGUUCAUGAAUUCAUGAGUUUGACUGUUGAGAAGAUGGUGGAGGUGGAGAAGAUCAGUCAUUUCAGGAAGUGGUUUGGGAUUGAUUUGAAUAUCAGGGAUCUAUUUUUGGAUCACCCUGGGAUUUUUUAUUUAUCCAACAAAGGGAAGAUGCAUACAGUUUUUUUGAGAGAAGCUUAUGAAAGGGGACGAUUGAUCAACCCAAAUCCUGUUUAUGAGGCCAGGAUGAAGCUUCUUUAUCUUAUUAUGAUGGAACGUCGCGGAAUGUUAACUAUGACUCAAGAGUCAGUCAAUGAGAAAGGUGAUGUGCAAGACAAAGACGAUAGACAGAUUUCUGCCUCUUCAGUUUUAGACAAUAAUGGCACAGAUAAAUGAUGUCAGAGCUAAGAUGAUCAAAAUGUUGGAUUACUGAAAACAUGAGGUUGGCAAUGGAGCCUGUUCAAUUUAUUGUCACAGCUCCUAGUGAAAAUUCCAUUACAUUGGAGUUUCAGAGGGUGAUUCGCAGAUGAGUAGAAGUCAAUAUUUGUGGCCCAACAAUCCAGAAGUAUAUCAAGACUUGCAGAAAGUGGAUACUGAGAUUACUGACCUAUCACACCUCUUGUGCUUAUGCAUGACAUUCUUGAUAGGAGCCAACUUUGUCUGUUACUCCUGUGAAGUGGCUGGUGUAGUUCAUGGGAGCAAGAAGCCAAUCAUUUCUCUUCCCAGGAAUUAUUCCUGCAUCUGGUCAGUGGUUUUUUCGUAGAUAUUCCUGCCAUUGCCCAUGCAUCAGUUCUUCCUCAAUGCAGUCUACGGACAAGGACAUCAAUGAAUAAGUUUACCCUAGAGAUCCGUAUUGUGAUCCAAAGGAUGGUAGUGCUUUGAUUCGUAACUUAGUCAUGUGCCAAGGCUAUCUAAAUCACACAUUGACUUGGUAUGUGUUCUCCAUUUGGACACUUUGUUAUGCUUGCACUUGAAGCUUUACGUUUGAAUCUCCUCAAGUCCUCGAGGCAAUAUUUAUUUUGCUUUUUUUUUUUUUUUUUUUUUUUUUUAAUUUUUUAAUUUUUUUUUUUAAAAUCUACUAGAGUAUAUACCUGGUGCUAAUGCACAAGGUGUAUCAAUCAUAUAAGAAACUUAUAUUAGAAAAGAAAAAAUAAAUAAGAUCAACAUUAGUUAUUGUUUGGAAGUUAUCUUCAAUUAUAAUUUUUUCUCUUGGGUAGUUAUUUAUUAAGUUAUGAAAAGUUGUAUAAGAAGUUUAUUGGAAGGAUUGCAUAUAAAUUCACCAUUAAGAUUUUUGGAGAGAUUUGGUGAUAGCAUACUCUAUUACUUCGUAUCGUAGAAGAGUAGAAUGCUUAUUAACUUGCAAAGAUAAACAAUGUUGGAAGUUAUGGGAAAUUAUUGGCUUAAGAUUGCACAUAAAUUGAGGAUUACAGGUUUAGAGAGUUGUGAUUAAAAUUUUGAACUAUUGACCCGCAUAUUAGGGCUUCAGUGUUUUGCACCUCGACCCUCUUAGGAUCAAUUUUCAUAGAGAUGUGCCAUCUCCUGGAAAACACUUUUUAUUCCACGAUCAACAUACUAAAACAUCUUAAUAAUAUAAAAACCUCAACCUUUAUUUUUCCCUAUCAGCUCACUUCCUCAACCUAUAUCAAAUGUUACACUUUUCAUCAAGUUCCUUUAUCAACAACACAAAAGAUAACACACACGACCUCUCAAAUUCUCACAUUUACAUCUUCUUAUACAAUUAACAUUUCACAUAGACAUUCUAUUGCCAAUUGAGAUCACAAUUAACAUAAAAACCUUAGGCAUCGAACCAAGGAGGUCAGCCAAACUUCACCGUCC